AUGGAGACCAGAUACUGUGGAAAAGAUGAGUGGGAGGAUGCCGGGGUCCAGCCCCGGUGGAUCCAGGAGCACACUGAUAAAGUGAACCCUUUACAAAGAAGAACACGAAGCUGGAGUUUUUACCGAAGGCGACGCAACUUUUCGUCUGAACAUGUCACUUCCCAGCAGCAGCAAGAUUCAGGUGAUGUUCCCAUGGACAGCCAAGCAAGAUAUGCUCCCUAUGCUGUUCCAUCCCGUCAUCAGAGAAGCAGUUUUCAGAAACAAGACCAAAUACAUAUUAAUAUGGAGAUAAAGCAAAAGCCUCCAGAGAGAAGAAUGGAGAGAGGCAGACAGAAUGAGACCGUGGGGAGCUGGUUCAAGAUCAUUAUUCCCUUUGGUAUAAAAUAUGAUGAGAAGUGGCUGCUGAAUUUGAUUCAGAAGCAAUGCAGUGUCCCCUUCAUUCCAGUCGAAUUUCACUAUGAGAAAAUGCAGGCCCAGUUCUUUGUAGAGAAUGCCAACAUUGCCUGUGCACUGAAGAAUGUCAAUGGCAAGAUUUUCAAUGAGGAUAAUGAAAAGAUAUCUAUCUUUGUUGAGCCCUGUGAUACACCGAGAUCUGUGCAGAAAGCACUGAAGUCUGAAAAGGUGGAGCAGAUGAAGCCUGUGUUUCCCUCCUGGUUUCCUGGAGACUUGAUGAUCUGUGAUAUUGGAAUGACAUGGAACCAUAGAAAUGGCAUGCCUGCCUCCCUGCACAUCCAUCCAGGGAUCAGGUCCAAGCUUUCGUCCUUGGACCAGAGCAACAAAAAACCCUACGUGGUGCAUAGCCUGUCCACCAUUAUGGAGAAUGCUUCCCACACCAAGAACUGGAAUCUUUCCAACAUUGAGGUGAAGUCUGCAGGGGAGAUGGACAAAGGUCAACAGCUGGAACCAGGAAGGAUGGGGGCUGACAGAACUGCCAUGUGCACCACCUCCCCUGAUAAGUCAACCAACAUAAGCACCAUCCUGGAGUUGUUCCCCAAGUUACUAAGCUUGGAUGGCCAGGAGAAACCCUCAGGUUCUAAGUGUGCUAUUGAAGUCCCCAAGUACUUACCAAUGUGCAAGGGAAGCUUCUUUGGAUCUGAAGAGCUAAAGAGUCUAAUCCUGCAAUUCCUGCAGCAGUAUUACUUGAUCCAUGACUAUGGGGACCGCCAGGGACUCCUGUGUGCUUAUCAUGAGGAGGCCUGCUUCUCCCUGACCAUUCCAUUCCGCCUCAAGGACCCAGGCCCAAGCAGCAUGUGUGCGUACUUCAAGAACAGCAGGAAUAUGAAGAAGCUCAAGGACCCCGAUCUACGGUUCCAGCUGCUGAAACACACAAAAUGUGACAUUGUGCAGGCCCUCUGUGGGUUGCCCAAAACUCAGCAUGACUUCAGGUCCUUCAUGGUGGACAUGUGGUUCCAGACGGAAACAAUGCUCUGCUUCUCUGUGAAUGGGGUGUUCAAGGAAAUAGAAGGAAGGUAUCCUGGCUGUGUGCGUGCCUUCAGCCGGACCUUCAUCACUACUCCUGCCACCUCUUCCAGUUUUUGUAUUGUGAACGAUAAGCUGUUUGUGAGUGACUUCAGCCCGGAGAAGACAGCCAGUGCUCUUCAUCCCAAAGCCUAA